AUGUUAGUGGAUUAUAGUGAUGAUGAACAAGAAAUUAUGGACAACAAACCAAAGUCAAUAUUGGUAAAUCCUGAAGUUGAUUGUUCACAUCUGGUGAAGAAGAAAGAGGAAGAGAAAGCUCUUGAAUUAUCGAAGACAUAUAAUUUCUUGGGAUAGAAAAAGAAUCAUUUAACAGGAAAUGUUGAAUCAGUAUAUUACAAUGAUGCAGUAUUCGAGGAAUAAUUUCAUAAAUUUAAUGUAUAUGGUUUUGCAGUGGAUCCAAAUGGUAUAAUGAUAAAUUUAAAUUAGAAAGAAAUAGAAGAGUGAUAGCAUGUAAUUAAAAAUAAGAGGAAUUAUCUACUUUAAUGAAAGAAGGUUAUGAUGUAGAUGCAGCAGAUCCAUUAUUUAGUAAAAAUGUACUUGCAGGUAUGCAUAAAGAAGAUAAAUUAAAAUAAUAAGAAUUAAAAUAAAAUAGAGUGAAAGCAAAUGAUCCAUCUAAAGGAGAAUUUAUGGGACCUUGGGCAGGAUAAUAAGAUGAAUAAUUUGAAAAUAUAUAAAUGAAUGAAGAAUAAUAAAAAUUAUUAGAUUAAUUAGAAGAAUAAAGAAAAUAAAAGAUAGAUGAAUCAAAAAAAUAAGAAGAAAAUUUUGUACCUUAUAUGGAAUAACAUGUAAGUUAAACAGAAUAAUUUGGUGGAAGAUAAUUUAUAGCACCUCCACCUGAAUUAAAAUAUGUUGAUCAUACAUGUUAUAUACCAAAAAGAUGUAUAUAAACAUUUCAUGGUCAUACUAAAGGUGUAUAAGUAUGCAAAUUUUUUCCUAAAUUUGGUCAUUUAAUGUUGAGUGGUAGUUUAGAUCAUAAAAUUAAAAUGUGGGAUAUUAUUGGUAAUAAAUAAUGUGUUAGAACAUAUUAUGGUCAUUAAGGAGCAUUAAGAGAUCUCAACUUCUCUAAUGAUGGUAGAACAUUUUUAUCUGCUGGUUAUGAUAAAAAGAUACUUGUAUGGGAUACAGAAUACGGUAAAGUUACUUAAACUAUCAAUUUAUAACAUUUCCCUUAUUGUGUAAGAUUAAAUCCAGAUCCAGCUAAAUAACAUUCUUUUCUUUUAGGAUCAUCAGAUAAAAGAAUUAAAUAAUUUGAUAUUAGAAGUGGAUAAUAAACAUUAGUUUAUGAUGAACAUUUACAAGCUAUUAACACUAUUACAUAUUUUAAUUAAAAUAGAAAAUUUGUUUCUAGUUCUGAUGAUAAAAAAUUAUUCAUUUGGGAAUUUGGCAUCCCUGUUGUUAUAAAACACAUUAGUGAUCCUGAAAUGCAUGCAGUUACAGCUACUGCUGUUAAUCCAUCUGGACUUAAUUGGGUUGGAUAAUNAAGACAUAUAAUUUUUUGGGAUAGAAAAAGAAUCAUUUAACAGGAAAUGUUGAAUCAGUAUAUUACAAUGAUGCAGUAUUCGAGGAAUAAUUUCAUAAAUUUAAUGUAUAUGGUUUUGCAGUGGAUCCAAAUGGUAUAAUGAUAAAUUUAAAUUAGAAAGAAAUAGAAGAGUGAUAGCAUGUAAUUAAAAAUAAGAGGAAUUAUCUACUUUAAUGAAAGAAGGUUAUGAUGUAGAUGCAGCAGAUCCAUUAUUUAGUAAAAAUGUACUUGCAGGUAUGCAUAAAGAAGAUAAAUUAAAAUAAUAAGAAUUAAAAUAAAAUAGAGUGAAAGCAAAUGAUCCAUCUAAAGGAGAAUUUAUGGGACCUUGGGCAGGAUAAUAAGAUGAAUAAUUUGAAAAUAUAUAAAUGAAUGAAGAAUAAUAAAAAUUAUUAGAUUAAUUAGAAGAAUAAAGAAAAUAAAAGAUAGAUGAAUCAAAAAAAUAAGAAGAAAAUUUUGUACCUUAUAUGGAAUAACAUGUAAGUUAAACAGAAUAAUUUGGUGGAAGAUAAUUUAUAGCACCUCCACCUGAAUUAAAAUAUGUUGAUCAUACAUGUUAUAUACCAAAAAGAUGUAUAUAAACAUUUCAUGGUCAUACUAAAGGUGUAUAAGUAUGCAAAUUCUUUCCUAAAUUUGGUCAUUUAAUGUUGAGUGGUAGUUUAGAUCAUAAAAUUAAAAUGUGGGAUAUUAUUGGUAAUAAAUAAUGUGUUAGAACAUAUUAUGGUCAUUAAGGAGCAUUAAGAGAUCUCAACUUCUCUAAUGAUGGUAGAACAUUUUUAUCUGCUGGUUAUGAUAAAAAGAUACUUGUAUGGGAUACAGAAUACGGUAAAGUUACUUAAACUAUCAAUUUAUAACAUUUCCCUUAUUGUGUAAGAUUAAAUCCAGAUCCAGCUAAAUAACAUUCUUUUCUUUUAGGAUCAUCAGAUAAAAGAAUUAAAUAAUUUGAUAUUAGAAGUGGAUAAUAAACAUUAGUUUAUGAUGAACAUUUACAAGCUAUUAACACUAUUACAUAUUUUAAUUAAAAUAGAAAAUUUGUUUCUAGUUCUGAUGAUAAAAAAUUAUUCAUUUGGGAAUUUGGAAUCCCUGUUGUUAUAAAACACAUUAGUGAUCCUGAAAUGCAUGCAGUUACAGCUACUGCUGUUAAUCCAUCUGGACUUAAUUGGGUUGGAUAAUAAAGUAACAAUUUAGUAAUUUAUUAAUAAUAAUAAUUAAGAUUAUUGUUUAUGAUACUAAAGCUGGAAAUUUCAGAAUGAAUAGAAAGAAGAAUUUUAAAGGACAUGUAUCUGCAGGAUAUGCAUGUGGAGUUACAUUCUCAGCUGAUGGUUAAUUCUUAGCAUCUGGUGAUUCAGAAGGUAGAGUAUUCUUUUGGGAUUGGAAAACAGCCAAAAGUUAUAGAACUAUCUAAGUAAUCAUACAUUAUUUAAUAAUUAGGCACAUGAUAAUGUUUGUAUAGGUGUUGAAUGGCAUCCUAUUGAACCUAGUAAAGUAGUUACUUGUGGAUGGGAUGGAGUACUUAAAUUAUGGGAUUGAUUAUCAGUUUUAAAUUAAUGUAGAUAUAUCUAAAC